AUGGUGCAACAUCCACUACCCGAUUCGUUGAUAUCAAUGGACGAGGGGAAAAACUACUGGCAAAAUGUCGCUGCUAGUGUCGACGGCAUGCUAGGUGGUUUUCCCUCCGUGUCGAGGAUCGACUUGCAGGGCUCGCGGUCGUUUUUGGCAAAGCUGGGCGUUGGGAAGCCCCGGGUUUCGAGAGCGCUAGAAGGCGGAGCUGGAAUUGGUAGAAUCACUAGAGGCUUGCUUCUCGACAUCGCUGAAACUGUCGAUAUCAUUGAGCCCGUUGCUAAGUUCACCGCCGGUUUAGUUGAUACGCCCGGUGUAGGCCAGAUUUACAAUAUUGGCUUGCAGGAGUGGCAGCCUCAAGACGUCAAGUAUGAUCUGAUCUGGACACAAUGGUGUGCUGGUCAAAUACCUGAUGUUCUACUCAUCCAAUAUCUCGAACGUUGCGCUGCUGCUUUGAGUCCUGGGGGGAUUAUCAUAGUGAAGGAGAAUUUGAGUACUUCGGGCGAAGAUACAUAUGACGAAGUCGAUAGUAGUGUAACACGGACCGACCAGGGUUUUGGAGCUAUUUUUGAUAAGGCGGGUUUGGCGAUUAUACGAUCUGAGUUGCAAAAUGGAUUUCCGAAAUCUUUGCUGCCGGUUAAGAUGUAUGCUUUAAAGCCAAAGGGGCGAUGA